GUCAGCCAUUUUUAACGCUUAAGAAAUUGAAACAAAAAAUUAUAUCAUUUUGACGAAAAAAAUCAAACAAUGAAGACAUCGAUGAAGAUAUGGACACCGAUUGGCGGCAAUUGAUCCGUACGUCCGAUCGGCCCAUACAUCGCAUAUCACACACAUCACAGCUAUCUGUGACCACCACCUGAGGCGCCGUUUGACUCGUACUCGCAGUCCAAGAGAUCUGAUCGCAGAAGUGGUGGACAUUUGGUGCUCAAUGUCUUCGUGUCUGUAAAUCAACGCAAAUAUCGUAAACGACUCCAGAGAUCGCGUGUCUCUGUGUUGAUCCGAUUCAACGUAAACCCAAUCAAACGACACAACGAUGUCUUCUCGGGAUACAGAAGUGGUUCAGCAGUUCAAUGCAGAACUGUCAUCACUCUAUGAGGUGCGGCCGCCCAUCUCGAAGGCCAAGAUGUCUCAGAUCACCAAAGCGUCGAUGAAAGCCAUCAAAAUGUAUAAACAUAUCGUCCAAUCAGUCGAGCGCUUCAUCAUUAAAGUGAGUGAAGACACGGUGUUUGCGGUGAUGUCU